CCGCACAUCAUGGGCUGUGGCCCUUCCCAGCCCUCGGAAGAUCGCAGACGGAUCCCCGCUCCCAAGAAGGUCUGGGAAGAGGGAGUCAAGGCUGAUGUGAGUCAUUCUGGGGAGAACUGCAGACCCCCAACUGAAGGUGCUUGUACCAAGGACCCUGCAGUCAGCCCUGAAGGCCUAGGAAAAGAGUUGGGAAGCUUACCCGGAACCAUUCCAGAAAGUUCUCCACUUCCUAGUGAAAGAAAUGGAAGAGUAAACUCAGACUUGGUGCCUGGUGGAUUAAUCCAUAAACCCCAAACCCUAGAGAAUCGAGAGCGACAAAAGUCAGCAGACAUCCUGGAGGAAUUAAUCAUUCAAGGAAUAAUACAAAGCCACAGCAAAGUAUUUAAAAAUGGAGAAUCAUAUGAUGUCACAGUAACAACAACUGAUACGCCUCUGAGAAAGCCACCAGCCCGGCUGAAAAAACUUAAGACCAAAAAGGAAGAAGUUCUGACAAUGAAGGACUUAGAAGAGAAGAUGCAGGCAGUGGAGGAGCGCAGGAAGUCAAAAGAAGAAGAAAUCAGAAAAAGGCUCCGGAGCGAGCGCCAUCUGCCCCCAGCCCAUCACUCCAACUCUGCCACACAAAACAGAGCCAGGGAUACGGCUUCUUUCACCAAAGGACAGGACUCUGUGUUGGGACCAAAUGGCCAGCAGGAAGGAAAACCAUCGAAAAGGAAGAAGAGUCAAAGUGACACAACCUCAAUGGACAGAAGCGGUUACGAAGGGGUUGGGUUCAUGGUGGAGUCAGACCAGUCCUACAACCAGCCCGAUGAUGUCUUCUGAGCAGGCGUGUCCCGGGAUGUCAGGAGUGGUCACCUCCCAAGUUGUGACUAUUGGUCUAUCUCCUGUUUCUCUUUGCCUGACCUCACCCCCGUGGGAUUUCUACCUUGA